AUUAGUAAUACUCUGUAAUAAUAAUAAUAAUAUGAUUUUGCAUUGACUUGAAUGAGAAACGCAUAGACAGUGUUGUUGUUGUCUAUUGAAUGCAAUGUAUCAGUGAUUUCAUGUAUUGGACUCACAAUCGCAUUGAAGUGAAAUUUACAGUAAAUAUAUGUUAUAUGUGUUUGUUAUGGCAAUUGUCGACACCUUUACUGCAUAUUUAACGCCAAACUAUUAACCGAUCACUCGAUGGACUCAUUUGUUGACUAAAAACUAUUUUUGCAAUUUAUUUGUUGUUUAUAUAUAUUUGUAUUUAUUAUUUGUUAUCAAAAUAAACACUAAUAACCCAAUUGUAUGACUGAUUGUAUGAUCACUUGAUUACUGUGUUUGUGUGUUAUCAGUGUCUUCAGUGUCUUCAGCCAAACAUCUUCUCUGCCUUCUUGAAGACAUCGAUGACGAGUAGUCGUCAAUACUGACAGAUCUAUUGACUUAUUUAAUACAAUAUUGAAUUCAAAUGUGAUUUUUUGUUUGCAUUACUGUUUCUUCUUCUUCGUGUCAUUUCUUGUGCCGAUUUAUUAUUAUAAUUAACUUAUUGUUGUUAUUAUUAUUAUUAUUUCUUGACGUCUAAGUCUUCGUCUAAUAAUUAUUGAAUGAAAACAUGAAAAUGGUUUUAACUCAACGACAGCGGGAAGAGCUGAAUAAUGCGAUCGCAGACUAUCUCUAUUCAAGCGGUUUCUCCGAUGCUUUGGAUGCCUUCAAACGCGAGGCCAAACUGCCCAACGAUUUUGACAAAUCACAGUCAGGAAUGCUUGAAAAGAAAUGGACAUCAGUUAUACGUUUAGUGAAGAAGAUAACAGAAUUAGAGGAAAAACUAAGAGAAGUAGAGAAGGAGUACAUCUCAGGCGCACCGAUGAGAGACAAACGAUCGCCCACUGAAUGGAUUCCUCGGCCUCCCGAACGGUUCCAUCUUCAAGGCCACAAACUGCCGAUUACUAGAGUUAUAUUUCAUCCGUUUAUCGUUUGUUUUGUGUCGGCCUCAGAGGACGCGACUUUAAAAAUAUGGGAUUACGAGACAGGCGAUUAUGAACGUACUCUUAAAGGACACACUGAUGUCGUCCAAGACUUAGCUUUUAAUUCAAACGGCAAACUACUUGCCUCGUGUUCUGCAGACAUGACCAUCAAGUUAUGGGAUUUCCAGACCUAUCAGAACAUUAAGACAUUACACGGACACGACCACAAUGUGACAUCUGUAACGUUCCUACCGGCCGGUGAUCACUUGGUUUCAUGUUCACGGGAUAAGACCGUCAAAAUGUGGGAAGUGAUGACCGGAUAUUGUAUUAAGACAUUUUCGGGGCACAGGGAUUGGGUUAAGUCUGUAAGAGUCCAUAAAGAUGGAGCACUUAUGGCCACCUGUUCUAAAGAUCAUACAAUAAUUGUUUGGACUCUAAGCUCAAAUGAGCAUAUAGUGGCCAACGGAGACGUAAAGUCAACUUUGAAAGAUCACGACCACACAGUCGAGUGCAUUGCAUGGGCUCCCGAUUCGGCCUCAAACUCCUUAAAUGAAGCCAUAGAUGAUGUAAAGUCUAAAAGGAAUAAUAAGCUUUUCGGUCCAUUUUUGGCCAGCGGUUCACGCGAUAAAACAAUAAAGGUUUGGGACGUUAGUGUCGGCGUCUGUUUGUUUACUCUUAUAGGACACGAUAAUUGGGUGCGCGGUAUAUGUUGGCAUCCGGGAGGCAAAUACAUAGUCAGUUGUUCCGAUGAUAAGACAAUUAGAGUGUGGGAUAUAUUGAAUAAACGGCUGAACAAAACUCUGGAGUGCGCGCACUCACACUUCUGUACCUCAAUAGACUUUCAUCCGACCUCUCCUUAUGUUGUGAGCGGUUCUGUAGACCAUUCGCUUAAAGUAUGGGAAUGUCGUUGAGUUUAAACAAAAUGUAAUUUAUUAUUAACUAUUGCUUAGAUUUUAAAAAUCAAUAUAUAUUUCUAUAUAUAAUCCAUAAAACUCAUCAUAUUUUAUUGAAAGCGAAUCCACUAUUUUUUUUGUCAGUACAGUUUGUCGAUUGCUUUAAUUAUUUUUAAA